GGAACGAUGUUUUGCGGGUCAGCCGUCCUGGCCGUUGAACCGUAAUGGCGCCAGUGGCGCAGCGAGAAAAAAAAGAAAACAACUCAAACGACUCGCCUUCAGGGAAGAGGGCGGAGCCGACUCACGGGGACGGUUUCCGGGUUUCCCUUCCUGGGCUGGGACAGCGGCAAGAGGCAAACGCUCCUGUUGAUUCACUAUUGUUCAAAGUUACGCUCAGACUUCCAGUAAGCAGCAGCGAUGUCUCAGUCGGGGGAGAAAGCGAAGUUCCCAGAUGCGGCGGGUUACGUCGGGUUCGCCAACCUCCCGAACCAAGUGCACCGAAAGUCUGUGAAAAAAGGGUUUGAAUUCACCCUCAUGGUUGCAGGGGAAUCUGGUUUGGGCAAGUCAACGCUUAUAAACAGCCUGUUUCUCACUGAUCUCUACCCUGAACGCUACAUCCCCGGUGCAGCAGAGAAGAUCGAGAGGACGGUGCAGAUCGAGGCGUCAACCGUGGAGAUCGAGGAGCGAGGGGUGAAGCUUCGCCUCACCGUGGUCGACACCCCCGGAUACGGCGACGCAAUCAACAGCCAGGACUGCUUCAAGACCAUCAUCCAGUACAUCGACAAUCAGUUUGAGCGGUACCUCCACGACGAGAGCGGCCUGAACCGAAGACACAUCGUGGACAACAGGGUGCACUGCUGCUUCUACUUCAUAUCUCCGUUUGGACACGGCCUGAAGCCUCUGGAUGUGGAGUUUAUGAAGGCCAUCCACAGCAAAGUCAACAUAGUCCCAGUCAUUGCCAAGGCCGACACGCUGACACUGAGGGAGAGGGAUCGCCUGAAGAGGAGGAUCCUGGACGAGAUCGCAGAGCAAGGGAUCCGGAUCUACCAGCUCCCCGACGCAGACUCUGACGAGGACGAGGAGUUCAAGGAGCAGACCCGGGUCCUGAAGGCGAGCAUUCCCUUUGCUGUGAUUGGCUCCAACCAGCUGAUUGAGGUGAAGGGGAAGAAGAUCCGUGGUCGCCUGUACCCCUGGGGAGUAGUUGAGGUGGAGAACCCCGAACACAAUGACUUCCUCAAACUACGCACCAUGCUUGUGACCCACAUGCAAGACCUGCAGGAGGUAACCCAGGAUCUGCACUACGAGAACUUCCGCUCGGAGAGGCUGAAGCGAACGGGCAGGGCCGCGGACGAGGACGUGCUGGACAAAGACCAGAUCCUGCUGCAGAAGGAGGCAGAGCUGAGACGCAUGCAGCAGAUGAUCGCUCAGAUGCAGGCACAGAUGAAGAUGAAAUCAGACGAGUGAAAGGGAGACGCCGUGCUGCACAAUCUUUAAUGUCGGUGCCAAACUACAACUAAUCGCACUGUUCAGUCCGGGAACUUAAUAUGUGCCCAUGUUUUCUUCAGUGGUGUCUUAUUUUAAUGUGUAAAAGGUUACAUUUGUAGACGACGUGUGCAGUCAAGUGCUUGAUUAUGUAACCGUUCGCUGAGUGAACCCCCUCCAGCCUUCUAUUUCACAGUGUCAUCUAACGGUGCCGUCAUCAGUGUCGAUGACCUUGUUUAGUUUUCUGUCUUUUUGUAUGCAAAUCUGUCUGUUGACAGGACGCACAUCAUUAUUCAUAUUUCUUAAGUUUCAGUAGAGACUUGUUUUUACGCGUAACAUUUUUUUUUUCUCCGUAAAUAAAUUUCAGAGAAAAGAGAGUU